GGGCCCGACGCUCGUCACUCCGUCAGUCGACGUUCACCGAGCACCUACUGUUUUCACGUUACCUCGGCAGGCACACCCCGUUGACGAUCUGUAAUAUUUUGGUUAUACUGAUACGACAGGGGCGGCGAGCGAUAUUAUUCGUACGCGAAUAAAAACAAAAUCCGCGGACAUAAUAUCACAGUCAUGUCGUCAAACCGCGUCUGCAAGUUCUUUUUGCAAGGCUUUUGCUCGUUCGGCGACAGAUGUUGGUACUCCCAUGACCUGUCGACCGUGGGCGCCGCGUCUUUGGUCGGUAAGUAACACGACAAUUAUUGAUUUUUGAUAUUAUACUCAUUUAUUUUUUUCCAAUUUCCGUUUUAACCGAUAGCAGUGGCGGAUCCGCGUCAAGUGAACAUUACUAUAACCCACUACCGCCAUAUUAUAAUAGGUACCUAUUUAUAUGGCAUGAUGAUAGGCGAUUAAUAUUACGUUUAUUUCGAUUUGUUUGAAUAUUUAUAUAGGUAUAUUAUUUAAUUGUUGUCGAAUAUUAUGAAUGCAUGUAUCAUAAAACUAUUUUGGGAUUUUAUUUUUGUCGAGGUGAUAGUACAACAGCAAUCAUUUAUAUGUUACUGUGUUUUUUUUUUUUUUUUUUGACUUAUAAAUAAACUCUGUAAUUCUUUUAUGAAUCCUAUUGCUUGCGAUUUUCGUACGCUUUUAUCGUUUGAGCUAAUGGAACUGACAGUUUGGGCGAUUAGCUAUAAGUAGUUUAAUGGUACACAGGUAUUUGGCGGUGAGGAAGGGGAGGGGGUAAAUCAAUAUUGCGGGAUUCACAUUCGUUUUGGCGUUGUCCAGGGUAAUACUGUGAUCCUUAAUUUAUUAUUAGCUUUCCAUGUAGUUCCCGAACCCGAUAUUUUUUGAGAGAUUAUGUUAAAUAGAGCACCUUUUAGCGCGGUCAGAGAAAGAGGGACAGAAUCCCCCCUUGCCUUUCCCCUCCACUUUAACCCCUGGGCCGCUUUCGAAAUAUCGACAGAUUUAAGUAUAGGUAACUACAGUGAAUAAAAUAAACUAUAUGGUACCUAUGUGGCUACAUAUUAUUAUAGAUAGAUCGUGGACUUAUUUUAAGUAUGUAUUAUUUUUUACUCUAAUAAAUUAUUAACCUAUUAUUAUUAUUAUUAUUAUUAUUAUUAUUAUUAUUAUUAUUAUUAUUGUUAUUAUAAUAACGUGGCAGAUGCGAAUAUUUUUAUUUAUUAGGUACCUAUUUACGUGGAAAAAUGUUUUCGUAGGCACCUAUACAAUUUCCCUCGAACGGUACAGAUUUUGUAUUGAUCGUCCGAACGGACCACGCCCAUGCUCAUCCCCUAUUUGCCAUGCGCCACAGCAGAGGUCAUGGCGCAUGGCACAGAGGGGAUGUGCGCAGAACGUAUCAUUGUGUGCACUAUCUAUAUUAUAUUAAAUAAUUGAUUCACAAUGUAUACUACAUCGUAAAAUCGUAAUAAUCCUUUAAAUUAUUUAAAACAUUUUUAUUUUUAUACCGUUUAGUUUAAGUUCCAAUCGAUUAUUUUCUAAAUUAUUUACCCAAGUACCUAGGAGUACCCACUUAUCAAAAUUUCACUUUUUAUAAAUUUUUCAUUUUGAUUGAUUCGUUUAACUCACCAUAGUAUUAUAACAAAAAAAAAUACGAUUGAUCAACCACAUUUAAAACAACUAGGUAUAGGUAUGGUGCAGGAGUGCUAGAGUGGGCAUGCACGAAUCUUAUAGUUGUUUUCGGCCCAAAUAUACAUGUCUACUGAAAUACAAUUCGGACAAUUUAAUUUCGGCUGUUGUACGAUUCGGUUAAAAUGCGUUUCGUCUUUUACGCGUUUCGGCCCAAUUAAAAGUUAGUUUUAAACUUAAAAUACGGAUUGACUAUAAUACGGGUCGGCUUUGGGAGUUUCCCCUGGUUGAGCCCGAAAUUCAUCCAAUAAGUUUACUUUCGUAAAUAACCCCGUCACUUGAUUAAAAAUUAAUCGGGAUGAGUAAUAUUAAAUGGUCGCUGUUUUAAUUUUAUGGUCCCUAUCCCGUCCUAUUUAUUGUUCACUGCUAAUAAUUUUUCAUAAACUAUCAUUCAUUUUAUAUAAUAACAAUUAACAACAUUUAAAAUAUAAUGAUUACAUCACCAUCUUCAGUAUUAAAAACCUAGUCUUAGCAGAAAAAAAAAAAAUGAUACCAGGAACAGAUGUCCCAUGUUAUAAGUGAGAAUUCGGGAACGUAAGAUACAUGGAGUUAUUCAAAUUUAAUAACUACAAUGUACAUUUGUACGCAAAAAUUAAUCAUUACUAAUGAAAAACGAUUCUGAGCGGAGUUCGGUUAUACCUACAUGUUUUAAAGGGCUGUUUAAGGUUAACCAUAAUAUAUUUUUAGAAACACAAUAUUACUGCAAUCUAUGUAUAUUAUUUUCAUAAUUUCAUUUGUGCUUAUAUAUUUUUUCUAAACAAAUUUGGGAAUUUAUUAAUAAUGUUACAUGAUAUUUAUUCCUUAAAUUUCUCCCUUGGACACUGUGCUACACCUCUUUACACCUCACUGCUCAGAAUCUGUGAAAUACAAUUCGGAAACAGUAUAUUUUUAUAAUAUACCUAUAUUUAUUAUUUCUAUUAUAUAAAAUUAAUUGUUUUGCAAAUUGUCUACUAUUCAUUUUCUUAUAUUUUUUUUAGUCGAAGAACGCGUUACACAAAGGCGACCUAUUCAAUAUAAGAAUCAGUCUAAUACUCCCAAGUAUAUGCUUAUACAAAUUUUUAUUACCUACUUAUGUAAUGUUAUUUAUUAUUCAUUUUUUUUAAAUUCAAUUAUAACAAUUUAAUUAGGUAUAGACAAGUGAAAAAAACUGGUGCUACUACUGGAAAUUUAUCGAAUAAAAUGGGAAAUCCUAUUCAACCAUCUGGCGGUCAAGCUAAUUACAAUCAAACUGAUAAGGUUGAAUCUGAUCCGAUCAAAACAAUUCAAAGUGCUUUUGAAAGUGAAUUGCAGUGCCAAAUAUGCUAUGAAAUAUUUAUUAAGGUAAUGAUACUAAUAUAAAUGAUUUUUUUUUAUAACAUUUUGAUCAUCUUAGAUUAGUUUUAGGUUUUGAUUUGUAUUACCUAAUUAUGUUUUAAGUUUAGAUUUAUAAAUAGAUAUAUCCUACUAACAUCCUGACUAAUGUUUUAAAAUUAUUUUACCCAUUUAUUUUUGUUUGUGUUUCAGCCAAUUGUGCUUAACUGUGCACAUACAUUUUGUGCCACUUGCAUACACAUUUGGACUAAGAGAGUUAACAGAUGCCCAGUGUGUCGAAUGAAUAUCAAAUCAAAAUCACAUUGCUUGACUUUAAAUGUUUUCAUAGACAAGAUGAUGCAAUUCAUGCCGGAAGAUGUUAUAACCAGACGUAACUUAUCAAUAGAAGAACGUCAAAAAGAUGCAGGUGUCUAAAUAUUUCAUAUUAAUGUUAUAUUUAGUUUCUUUAAAGUUAAAAUGUACAUAAAUAAUUAAUCAUUACUAUUUUUAGAAGAAAUGAAUAUGAACAGAGGUAAUACAGAAGGUAGUGAUGGAAUGAUUGGAGAGCUAGAUUAUUUCUCAGAAAAUCAAGAUGAAGAAAUCGAUGAAGAUGUUAUCGUUCAGGAAGCAGACAUGUUCAGAAUGAAUUUACAUGAUACAGUUGUAAGCAUGGGGGGCUUAAAUCCCUUAAUACGUUAUAUGCUACCACCAAUGGGAGAACACCGUUUAUAGAGUGUGUUAUAUAAUAUUAUUAUAGAGUUUAUGUUCAUAGGCACAUCUAAGAAGGCUUUGGAUCAUAAAAUCCAUUAAGCAGACAUAUACUCAUACAUAGAUUUUAGCAAACAUCUCAAUAGAUGAUAGGCCUGCAAGUGAAUAAGUUACAGCGAAAAAUAUAAAUUUAAAUAUCAUAUACUAUACUAUCAAAGUUUCUUAUAAUUAUAAUUUAUUAAAAUGUCUUAUAACUAAGCACCAGACAUUUAAUUUGUUUAAUUUGCACUUGCCUAUAAAUAUUUAUUAUCAAUGAAAAUAAGCAAAAAUUAGUUAAUUUUUUUUCGACCUAUUAAUAAUAUUAAUAAGAAGUGUGUGCAUAAAUAACUACUAACCAUUACUUUAACCAUUAGUCAAUAAAUAUCUGUAUUUUUUUUUUUUUUUGUAGUGAUAUUCAUUUUUAAAUAAUAUUAAUUAUUAUCAUAUAAUACUACUACUAUACAAUAUUUUCAUUAUUAUUAAAUUUUAAUCAAUUCAAAUAUUUGCUAAAAUAUUAUUUAAUAUUUACUUAAUAAAGUAGAUUUGAUGUUGUAUAUGUUCAAUACAAUUUUUAAAGAGUUUGGUAUUAUAUUAUUCUAGUUAUAUUGUAAAUAUUACUUUAAUAUUGUUAUAUUAUAACAUUUAUUUUACAAUUUUAUGUACAUAUUUUAAAUAUUAUGUUAUUAUUCAUGGUGAUUUUAUAUUUUCAUUUUUUAUUUAUUAUAGAAUAGAACUAAUAUUUAACAAAUAAUUACAAAAAUGUCUGAUGAUUUACCAUAAGGCAUUUUGUUUAAGAACCUCAUAAACUCUAUUUAUCAUUUACUAUUAAAACUAAUAAAAGUAUUAUUCAUAUUAAAGUUAUGGUUUAGCAUACUAUAUUUGUUGAAUCCUAUUAGGUUUAAUAUUUAUGAGUAGGUAUUUUAAUUUAUGAUUAUUUAACUUAUAUUUAAUAUUUAUUAAAAAAAAAAAAAAACAACAGAAUAUCAGCAAUUAAAUGUUAUUUACCUAUUAACAAUAAAAUAAUAUUAUAUGUGUAUGGAAACAUUUUUAAUUUAACUUUUUACAUUUAUUCUAUGGUAUUUAUUCAAUUUUAAAUUUAUAUUAGGUAAUUUUUUAUUGUACGUAAUUAUUUUUUAGAUAUUAAUAUAAUAGUAGCAUAUGAUAAUAAAAAGCUAAUAAAUGUAGACUAUACUAUUAUAACAAAUGCUAUAGCAUUUUAAUUUUAUAUGUAACCAAACAUUGUUCUUAACAAAAUAAAAAUAUAAUUUGUGUGUUGCUUGAUAAAAA